UCUCUUCCUUCAUUUCCUGCACCGUUCAAAUUUCAACAGCUCUCGUGUCGUGACAUAGAAGAAAGAAAAAGGAAAAGAAAACGAAAGAGGAAGGAAAUAGCUCUCCGUGUGAUUUGUACAGAAACGGCAAUGAACAUAACACAUCAGAUCGGAGCUUUAGCCGGAACACCAAUCCAAGCAGAAUCAAUAACCAACACUGAAACCACCGCAACAGCCAGCGCAGCGGCGGUGUGGAAAACUCCAAUACCAAACAUCCGAUGCAAAAUCACAAAACCAGACACCGCCGAGCAAAAAUCACAACCAACAAGCCCUUGUAGGUCUCCAAUACUAAGCGCCGGCAACGGCAUCCGUCCGGAUCUAUCAGUGGCAUGCCGAGCAUUCGCAACAGAAACAAUGGACUUGGUGAGUUUUGACGAGACAACAGAACAAGAGAAGACGUAUAAAGAGGUGAACACGGUGAAGGAGAAAGGAGUGCCAGUUUACGUGAUGAUGCCGUUGGAUAGUGUGACGAUGAGUAACACGUUGAAUAGAAGGAAAGCGAUGAAUGCAAGUUUACAGGCGUUGAAGAGCGCAGGCGUGGAAGGGGUGAUGAUGGAUGUCUGGUGGGGAUUAGUGGAGAGAGAUACGCCUGGUGUGUAUAAUUGGGGAGGGUAUACCGAACUCUUAGAAAUGGCUAAACGACAUGGUCUUAAGGUUCAGGCUGUGAUGUCGUUUCAUCAGUGUGGCGGCAACGUUGGUGAUUCUUGCACGGUUCCAUUGCCAAAGUGGGUUGUGGAGGAGGUUCAUAAAGAUCAAGACCUUGCAUACACUGAUCAGUGGGGGAGGAGGAAUUAUGAGUAUGUAUCACUUGGGUGCGAUAGCAUUCCAGUUCUCAAGGGGAGGACACCUGUGCAAUGUUACUCUGAUUUUAUGCGGGCCUUUAGGGACAACUUCAAACACCUUCUUGGUGACACCAUUGUGGAAAUCCAAGUGGGAAUGGGUCCAGCAGGUGAGCUCCGCUAUCCUUCGUACCCGGAGCAGAAUGGAACUUGGAGAUUUCCUGGAAUCGGAGCCUUCCAAUGUUACGAUAAGUAUAUGUUGAGUAGCUUGAAAGCAGCGGCGGAAGCUGCUGGUAAGCCAGAAUGGGGUAGCACAGGCCCAACUGAUGCUGGUGAGUACAACAACUGGCCGGAAGACACCCGGUUUUUCAGAAAAGAAGGUGGUGGCUGGACUUGUCCCUAUGGUGAAUUCUUCCUCUCUUGGUACUCGCAGAUGCUCUUAGACCACGCUGAGAGAAUAUUGUCGUCAGCGAAGGCUAUCUAUGAGAAUACUGGUGUAAAGAUCUCAGUGAAGAUUGCAGGAAUUCAUUGGCACUAUGGAACCCGGUCUCAUGCCCCAGAGCUCACAGCAGGAUAUUAUAACACGAGAAACAGAGAUGGUUACCUUCCUAUUGCUCAAAUGUUAGCUCGGUAUGGUGCUAUAUUCAAUUUCACUUGCAUAGAAAUGCGUGACCAUGAACAGCCACAGGAUGCCCUUUGUGCCCCUGAGAAGCUUGUGAGGCAAGUGGCUUUAGCAACGCGAGAAGCAGAGGUUCCUCUUGCCGGGGAAAAUGCACUGCCACGAUAUGAUGAGAACGCACAUGAGCAAAUUUUGCAGGCGUCAUCAUUGAAUAUUGAUGGAAACUCAAAAGACAGCGAGAUGUGUGCUUUUACGUACUUGAGAAUGAACCCUCACUUAUUUCAACCAGAUAACUGGAGACGCUUCGUGGGAUUUGUGAAGAAGAUGAAUGAAGUGAAGAGUCCUGACCGGUGUUUGGAGCAGGUUGAGAGGGAAGCGGAGCAUUUUGUGCAUGUAAGUCGACCUUUAGUAAAGGAGGCGGCUGUGGCUCAUAUGCACUAGGAUUCGGAGGGCUACUCGUAACAAAUCACAGGAACAGCAGCCCAAGUCCCUGCUCUAGCCAUGGCUGCUUUUCAUAUGCUAUGGCUAUAGAGGUGCUCUCAGCACCAAAGCACUGGGGAAUUUGCUAAUGUAAUGUGAAAAAUUGGACUUGCAUUAUAGGAACUCUGAGGAUACGCAUCAUGUCCAUUACCAACUACCACUUCUUCUCAUCAAAACAAUGACAUUAUAUAUGUAUCGCAAUCAUUUCCUUUUUUGAUAAAUUAUUACGCCUUAAUUUUA